CUUGGAUCCCGUCCACCACCUCCUCGCCCAGCCAAUACCGCCUACCGACUACCUACAUAUCCCUCUGCCGACAUGUCGACCCGCCCUCUUAAUGAUGAUGAAGUCCUCACUGAAAUGAAUAAAAUGGUUGCUUUCAUCAAGCAGGAGGCUCUGGAGAAGGCAAGAGAAAUAAGGAUAAAGGCAGAUGAGGAAUUUGCUAUUGAGAAGGCGAAACUUGUCAAGCAGGAACAACAAGCCAUUGACGCGCAAUAUGAGAAGAAGAGGAAGGGUGCAGAAGUCGCCCAAAAGAUUGCCCAAUCUACGCUAACUAACAAAUCCCGACUCAAGUUGCUCCAUCAACGCGAACAGCACCUUCAGGACCUCUUUUCUACUUCACGUGCAUCAGUACUUACUCUUGCCAAGGAUGAAGGGCGCUACGUACAGUUCCUUGAGGGCUUUAUCUCCCAGGGGUUCUUGCAGCUUCUCGAGCCUUCCGUCACAGUAUUCGCUAGAAAGCAGGACGUCUCUUUGGUGGAGGAGGCUGCCGCGAACGCUGCGCGGACAUACAAGGAUAUCAGUGGGCGGCAAGUGAAGUAUGAUAUCGAAGGAUCUCUAGCUGGAGAUAGCGCUGGCGGAAUCAAACUCGUCAGUGGUUCGCGCCGCAUUACUAUCGAUAAUACUUUGGAUGAACGUCUGAGACUCCUCGAAGAUCGAAUGCUUCCCGAGAUCAGGAAAGAUCUCUUUGGACCCAACGAGAAUCGCAAGUUUUAUACAUGAUUAACAUCGGACACUAUUCAGAUAAUUGUAUUCAUAUACCAUUCUUAUUACCUUUCGGAUCCUUGACCUCAAUUUUGGUUUCUCGUGCCUCUUCUCAUGAAUUAUUACGGUCAACAUUGCUGGGAAGGCUGCAAUUUGUAUGCACCAAGCAACAUACGCUUACGCUACAACCAUGGUAAUAUGGCCCGCGAUCCCAGGUGCAGGAUUCCAUGACUGCUUUCGUCAUGGUCAACUCCCCCCUUGAAGUCAAGGUAG